GUCCGUCGCAAACGUCCAGCAUGAGUCUGUUUCCUCAGAGCUUCAUCGCAGGCCUCAUCUUAAUGUCAGCGUCUGUGUGUUUCAGUAAACUGCCUUGUAAAGAGGGUCACAGCGGUCCAACCUACGAGUCCAUGCAGGCCGUGUUCGACCUGCAGCCCUUCAGGCCGGCCGUAAACCUCAGCAAUCCCACCAUCACCAACAUCUCCUUCACCCUGUACGCUGUCCUCGGAGUGAAUGAGAAAACCCAGAUACUCACUACUUUCUUGUGGCUCAGACUGUACUGGCACCACGAGUUCCUGGUUUGGGAGCCUGAUGAGUGCGACGGCGUCACCAGGAUUUCUCUACCCGUGAAGCAGCUCUGGUCUCCGGACAUCAUCGUUUAUGAGUUUGUGGAUGACGAUGUUUCCCAGGCGUGUCCGUACGUCUACGUUAACCACACAGGUCACAUCCGCUGGGACAGGAUGCUGCGGCUCGUCUCCGCCUGCAACCUGGAGAUCUUCAGUUUUCCUUUUGACGUGCAGAAUUGCACAUUCACAUUUGGCUCCUACAUGCACACCAUACGGGACGUGAGGGUCAGUCCAGCCCUGACUUUUGAGGAGAUGUCUGGAAACUCAAAACGUUACCUGGAAGCCAGUGGAGAGUGGGAGCUGGUGGACAUACUGGGAGAGACGUCCAUCCUUCAGUUUGGCAUCGACGAGUGGGACAUCAUCACCUUCUGGGUGGUCAUAAAGCGGCGUCCGGUGCUCUACGUGGUCAACCUGCUCAUCCCAAGCUCCUUCCUCAUGCUCAUUGACAUCCUGUCCUUCUACCUGCCGCCACACAGCGUCGACCGGGCCUCCUUCAAGAUGACCCUCAUCCUGGGCUACACCGUCUUCCUGCUCAUCAUGAACGACCUGCUGCCCAGCACAGCCAACGGCACUCCCAUCAUAGGCAUCUAUUUCUCAGUGUGUCUGGCCCUCAUGGUCAUCAGUCUGCUGGAGACCGUCAUCAUCACCAACGUCCUCCACCACAGCUCCAUGAAGUAUCAGGAGGUUCCAAACUGGGUGAGGGUGGUCGUCCUCAAACACAUAGCCACCCUCAUCUGCUACCGCUGGCCGGAGGACGUCCGGCCUCCUUCCAUGUCGCAGAGGGACAAACCUGAAAGCACAAAUGGAAGCUCAGGCCCACAGAUCAUCCAGCCAGCCGGCCGAGCUCCUGACCAGCAACCGACCAGCAACGGAGGUGCAGCUGCUCCUCCUGAGCUGCAGCAGAUCUGUCAGUACCUGGGCGACCUCCGCCUUCACCUCACCUCCCUGCAGAAGGAGAGCGAGCUGCAGGACCAGUGGUGCCACGUGGGAUACGUCCUCGACUUCCUGCUCUUCCGCAUCUAUCUGCUGCUCAUCACCUGCUACGCUCUGGUCAUCAUCUCCAUGUGGUGCGUCUGGAUCAGCCAGUCCUGA